AUGCUAUCCUGCCGAACUCUGAUCGCCUCGCUUCUCGGAGCCAGCGCGCUUGCGACCGCUACCUCGGCUUCAAGCGCCCAGGCCGAGAAGAUUGCGCCCAAGGUGUUCAUCGUUUCUAUGUUCGAGCCCGAAGCUGAGGCUUGGUGGAAUGUCCCUGAAUUCGACCUAUUGGCCCAUAACAUCACCGUUCCUGGCCUGUCAUCAAUUUACCCCGAUGUGCACUGCACCGAUGACUACGAAGUCUGCCAACUGAUCACUGGCGAGGCAGAGAUCAAUGCAGCCGCAACAGUCACCGCGGUCGCCUUCUCUUCUCUAUUCGACCUGACCGAGACAUACUUUUUGAUCGCCGGCAUAGCUGGUGUGAACCCCAAACGGGUCACCACCGGCUCUGCAACUUUUGCUCGUUAUGCAGUUCAGGUCGCUCUUCAGUACGAGAUCGAUAUUCGGGAGCUGCCCCACAACUAUUCUACCGGAUACAUUCCCUAUGGUUCCAAACGCCCUGAUCAGUACCCAAGUACCAUCUACGGUACUGAGGUCUUUGAAGUGAACGACAACCUCCGCAAAAUUGCUGCUGGCUUCGCUCGCCGUGCGAACCUGUCAGAUUCAGACACUGCCAAGGCGUACCGAGCCCACUAUAAGACUCCAAGCGGGCUUUACAAGGCGGCGACUCUGCCCCCGAGCAUCGUGGAGUGCGAUACUGCAACCUCGGAUGUGUACUACAGCGGUAAUCUUCUGUCGACUGCAUUCGAGAAUACCACCAGGUUGUUCACCAACGGUACUGGAGAGUACUGUUCCAGUGCCCAGGAGGACAACGCCACCCUCGAGGUUCUCUUGCGGUCCUCGGCACACAAGCUUACUGACUUCGCCCGUAUCAUCGUCAUGCGAACUGCAUCUGACUUUGACAGACCUUACCCUGGAGCUUCGGCCCUUUACAACCUAGUUGACUCAGACCAGGGUGGAUUCGAGCCCGCGCUCAAGAACCUUUAUAUUGCUGGCAUUGAAGUCGUUCAGGGUAUUCGAAAGGGAUGGAAUGCGACCUUCUCCGUCGGUGUGAAGCCCAGCAACUACAUUGGAGACAUCUUUGGCACUCUUGGAGGCACCCCGGAUUUCGGCCCUGGCGUUGCCCAGUCACUAGAGGAGAGCGGUGCUUACAAAAAGCGCAGUCUGAACCGUCUCGCUCGCCGCUGA